AUGCUUCGCCGCACACAGCGUCAACUGCCCCGCGUUUUCGGGAAGGGCGAGUCCGGCCCCCCUCCUUCCCUGUACCACUCACCCGUCUGCCACGCCCGCCCCGUCCCUUCACUGGCGCCACAUCCUCCUCCUCCUCCUCCUCCUCCUCCUCCUCCUCCUCCUCCUCCUCCUCCUCCUCCUCCUCCUCCUCCUCCUCCUACUCCGCUGCCUCCUCCUCCUCCUCCUCCUCCUCCUCCUCCUCCUCCUCCUCCUCCUCCUCCUCCUCCACAUCCUCCUCCUCGUCGUCACCCUGCUCCUCCUCCUCCUCCUCCUCCUCCUCCUCCUCCUCCUCCUCCUCCUCCUCCUCCUCCUCCUCCUCCUCCUCUGCCUCCUCCUCCUCCUCCUCCUCCUCUGCCUCCUCCUCCUCCUCCUCCUCCUCCUCCUCCUCCUCCUCAUCCUCCUCCUCCUCCUCCUCCUCCUCCUCCUCCUCCUCCUCCUCCUCUCGUCCUCCCCGCCAUCAUUCUCAUCUUUUUCAUCCUCCCCAACAUCCGCGUCAUCCUCCUCCGCUUCCUCUUCAUCCUCCUCUCCCUCCGCAUCCUCCUCCUCAUCCUCCUCCUCCUCCGCAUCACCGCGGUCUUCAUCACCCCGUUUCGGCUUUGUUCCCGUCACUGCUUUCUUGCCUCUCCUUCCGCCGGAUGCUUUUCUUGCUGCGGGUCGGCCCUUCUGGCGCAAUGCUUGACCGCCCGCCUUGCCACUAGCUUCCUUGGCGCCUCGCGGUGUCCCAACUGCCGCGCCUCCGGCGUCGUCAGCACUACCUGUCGUCUGCCGCCUCUUCGCCCGCGUAAUGAGAAACUUCGACCACGGUCGGCUGGAGCAGCGUCAGAUGGUGUUGCGUUGCCGCCGCCUCGGACUCCUUGGUUGCGGCAUGCUCGGCGCGGGGAUCGCCUCCGUGAUUUCCCUCCGUUGCCGAUCCCUCCAUCUCCGCCGACAGGAGUGCAAGACUCGCGCUCCCUCGCCCCGGAUCUUCGUUGCCGCCAGUGGUGCCGUCUUUACUCGGACCGGGCUCGGUUCCAGCAGAGGCAGCAUCCGCAUCUUUGUUCACUGUAG